AUCACCGAAUAUAUAAAUAUUAAUAUUAUUGGUAUUUUACAAGAGAAGAUAUCUGAAAUGCAAACUAUUUAAUAAAUAUGAUGUUAUUCUUAUAUUUUCCUUAAAAAGUAAAGCUGAAGAAAAAAAUAAUUUCAAAAUGUUGCCGCAACAGUAUUGUUUGCGGUGGAAAUACCAUCACAGUAAUUUACAGACCAUGUUCUCUCAGCUAUUGGAUCGUGGUUGUUUUUGUGAUGUUACAUUGGCCUGUGAGGGACAAUUGAUUAGAGCCCACCGAGUGGUGCUGUGUGCCUGUAGUACAUUUUUCGAUACAGUCCUUACCAACUACGCUAGUGAACGAGAUCCCAUUAUUAUAAUGAAGGAUAUAACGUUCGCCGAUAUUAAAUGUUUAAUUGAAUUUAUGUACAAGGGUGAAAUAAAUGUGGAACAUGCGAGUCUAGCAUCUUUACUUAAAACUGCCGAUGAUCUCAAAAUAAAAGGUCUGGCCGAAGUAACUUGGCGAGAUGAUGAGGAUAUUCCUCCACCACCCACACCACAAACAGAAUUCCAUUCACCAUCACAGUCGCGCAAUCGCUAUGAUAGUUAUGGUCACGAAGCACAACAUAGAUCUCAAACGCCGGAUACGGAACGUGAACAGAAAACACCAUCACCCAAACAUUCGACCACAGCUACGCGCAUGCCCACACUGACUCCCAUACCAACAUCGGCGGUAUCAAUAGUAGCUGCUGCCAGUUCGCCAAUUGAUUCAUAUUUGGGACCAAAACGCAAACGGGGUCGACCACCAUUGGAUGAUGCCUACGAUGUGUUCAAUGUAAGAAAAUUAGGGCAUUAUUCCGAACCAGGCGAUAGUAGUGCAUACUUAGAAGGAUCUCAGUGCAAUGAUGAACAAAACAACCACGGCGCUACAUCUCAGCAUUCCAGACCAAACUCCCCGUCAGCAGCAUCCGUUGUUUACCAACAACAUAUCCAACAGCAAAAACAACGUUUACGUUAUCGACCAACACGAGUCCAACAUGAAGACGAUCUAAUGGAUGAUGAAUCGGCCACAGAACCGGAAUGGAUAACUAGUUCAUUAGAACAUGAAAAUGAACAAAAGGAUCCAUUGGAUCAAGGGGAAGAGGACGAAGAGGAACUGCGAGAUAUAAAAGAAGAAAAUGAGGAAACUGCAGCUAACAAACGGAAAACGGAAAAACAUUCUAAGGAAUCUACACCAGAACAUCCAAACAUGAAGGCGCUAAAACGCAAAAGCUCUAAAGAAGAAGCAUUGCAGCACAAAUCGGAAAACGAGGAUGAAGUAGAAACAAUGGAUCCAGCUAAUGUGCCACAAACUGUGGAAGAAAUAGAAACGGUACAACAGUCAACAAAAGAGAAAUCAACAUCUUCCUCAACAAAUAAUAAUUCAUCCGCAUCAGCUACACCUUCUUCGGCAUCAUCGCCAUCCACAAGUGCAGCUCACAAGUCUUCAACUUCAGCGCAUCAUCACCAUUCUCAUCAUUCUCACCAUUCCCACACACAUUCUCAUCAUCCUCAACCAGCACCACCACCUCUUCACCAUCCACAUCAUUAUGGCAAAUAUGUACCGGAAGGUUAUUUGAUCAAUGAACACGGCAUCCUAAUGACUCACGACUUUAUACAUGCUCCGACGGCUUCAAUACCAACAUCAUCGUCUUCAGCUUCCAAUGGUCAUCAUCCGGACGAAUAUGUCGAUAUAAAAAUGGAGGAAUUCAAUGAGGCCGAGUUACGUUUGACAACAGAAGAAAUGUCUCAGUGGCAGGAUGUUAUUAAAAUGGAUGACUAUUUGGCUAAAGGCAGGCGGCCCCAAUUCUGGGAGGAACCUUUUACGCGAAGAGUUCUUGAUGCCAUAAAGAAUAAAAGACUUGAAAUGAAAAAAGCAGCUCGUAUUCUGGGUGUAUCAUAUGGUACACUUUAUGGACGUUACCGUGAAGUAUAUGGCUGUCUCAAACAUCCGUAUAGUAGUACAUCAUUAAGACCAUCGCAAAGCAGCGCUUUAACUGUGCAACCCAGAUUUGAUAUUGUAUGGCCCUCACCGAAACCGGGACAAUUGGAUAUUGGUAAACUAAGACCGAAAGACUUAAGUGAACUUUGGACUCGGCCGCAAAUGUGAAAAAAGUUUCCCCACUACGCUUUGCACACAAAGACAAAAAAGUAAACAAUAUGUUUUGUUCAUUUUUUAAAUAACUUUUUUUGUAAAUAAUAUGAAUUUAAUAAAUUAAUUUUAAGAAAACAAGUAUUUAAAUCUUUAGCUAAGUUAAUCCAAAAUCCCAAACUUUACUAUAAACAAAUAAUAUUAAACAAACUAAAAUAAAAUAUCUAAACAAUUUUUAGUAAAUUAUGCAAACAACUUUUGAAUAAAAGACAUUAUUUAGUGUGAGGCUAGAAUUUAAGUAUUUUUGUAUUAUUCCUUUAUGAUUUAUGUGUGUAUUUAUGUGUUUUUUGUUUUACUUAUUAAAUACAAUUAAAUAGAAAAUUAAUUUUCCUCUAAAAAAAUAAAGUUAAAGAUAAGAUCUAUAAUUGGCUCUGUUUUGUUAAACGAAUAGUUUUUUUGGAAUCAGAUUUUUUAAUCACAAAAAUUUGUGUUUUAAGAAAAAAAAGUGCUUAAUUUAAAAUAAAAAAUAGCGCAUAUCUAAAAUGUUAUUUUCGAAGACAUUUAUUUUCGAUACUAAAGCUUAUUCAAUCACAAUGUGGUAUUUUCGGCUCUAAAUGUUCGUAUCUGUCUUAGAAACUGAUAAUUUCGUUUUACAGAACAGCGCAGAAUUAUUCUACAAAUAUUGGUUGUUAUAGGUUGGAAUACCUAAUAAACUAUUUUCUCCAACUUCAGAUAAUUUGACAUUUAAAUCUGAAAACUUAGUUUACAUAGUGUCGACCUAUAACUAUCAAUAUAAUGAAACAAAUAUUAUUUCCACAUUUAUAUGUAUUUAUUGAUUAAAUUAAAAGAAGGAAACAAUAUAAAAAUUGCAAAAAACAUGAUAUUAAUGUUUUAAUUUUGAAUGUCAUUGUAAUAAAAUAAAA